GAAGGGGAACGCAGGCAGCCUUGUGCAUCAUCGAGGGGCGGCCGAGGUUGCUUUCUGCGCCUUCGACGCCUCAAAUCGAUGAGUUGACAACUGAGUUGACUGAGAAGCAUCCUGGCGUCUGUCCUUCCUGAGGUACGCCAGGGAGAGAGGGAGAGGGCCAAUUGGCCAUCGGUGCCGCCCUCAUGUGCUGUGUGUGUUUGUAUGUCAGGAAGGGAUCAACGUGAGCACUGGUCAAGUAGCGGCCUCAGAGAAGGCCUUGGAGAGUUCUCAUCGCAACGGAGGGCAGAGAGAUCAGCCCUAGGAUCAGCCGCUGAGUCAGAUCUACAGCCAUGGAGGACGGUAGACAGGUGAGGCGCAUCACAGCACCGCUUGCAAUCGAUGGCGCCUGUCAUCUGAGGGGAUGUCUGUGUGCGUUGGGUGUGUGGGUGCAGGUUAAGAGGUCUCGCUUUAGGACCGACGCACCGGCAGCGUCUUCAUCGGCUGCAGCUGCUGCGUCUGGUGGUGGCGGCGGCGGUGGUGGUGGUGGUGAGAGCGAUGAGGAGCGGCAGCGAGGGGCAGAGAGGGAUAGACGCUUCUGGGGGAAUGCACCUGUGAGCCAACGACACGCACAAGAGGAUACACACCCUGAUGGGUAUUCACAUCUCUUGCCGUCCCGUGUGCCGUGCUGUGUGGCUGUGUGCAGCUCGGUCUCCUUAGCAUCGUCAUGGCCUUCCUUCCAAUCCACCUGCUGAUGCAGCUGCAGCUGCCGCCCCUGACGUGGCAGCUCACCGCCCGCAAACAGCACCACUUCACCAUCAGCGCCGCCGACAAAGACGAGCGGUCGUUUUGGCAGAGGACCACCAUCGACCUCGUCAAGGAAUGGGCCACAUACCUGAGAAAGCUGACGUGUGUCGUUCUUCACUGCCCCAUCGGCUUUCCCCGCUGGUGUUUCGACGUCUUCGUGGCCGUCAUCGAGGGCCACAUUGCCGGCCGACGGGCAGCCAACCUCACCGGAGGGACACUGCACACCAUCGCCAUCAAAGAGCGGGUUCGGCUGACCGGCGCGGCUGGGCAGGCCGUCGCACGAACAUACCCGCCCCUCCCAGCUCGUCUCAACCCGCCCCCAACCCUCGACGCACUCGAGACCAUCGCCGGCCUGUGUGGCGGCCAUUGGCAGUUGGCCUACCGACGCUGGGUGAUGCCCUCACUCGCCACUGUGCAGCAGCACGAGGCAUGGGGUGCCGACAGCCUGGGCCAGUUCAUCAGCUCGUCCCGCUCCCUGCGGAGUGUGGACUCUGCCAGCUUUAGGGGUGAGGGGUGGGCGAGUGUGUUUGAGGGCAUCCCUGCGGCAGGUGUUGGGCAGCAGGGAGGGCCACUCGCCCAGCUGGAGAGCAUCGGCACCAUCGUUCUCGAAGACGAGAAUCAUCGGGCGCGGGCGGGCAUCGAGCGGCUUCAGGUAAACACAACGCACACACAUGACAGGAGGGUGUGUGGGUUAGCUCAUGAUGUCCUUCCUGUAUGUGCGUGUGUUCUUGCCUUCAGGAAGUGCUCGUGUCGCGGGGCUGUCGACAGUCACUCAAGCAGCUGCACGUGGAAUUUGGUCCCUUCUACCGCAUCGACCGCCGCAUGUUGCCCGUGCUGCUGGCCCUGGACCGAUUGGUCGGCACGUGCUGCCGACCAGACGCCCCUCUCACGCUCACCGCCACCAGCAAUUUCGGCUUCGACCUCGCCAUCUUCUACUGCACCGACUUCCCCACCCACCCGUCACCCUCAUUCAAGACCAUGCUCAAGCAGCUGGCGCAGCAGGCCACGUCGGUGAAGUACAUCUUCACUCAGGACGGCCUCGCGGACCCGCACACCACCCCCAUCCAAUCGGCCAUCGAGCUCGCAUCCACACUCUCAUUCGACAAAACCGAGACGGUGGAGGUCAAGGAUUUCGGUGACUUCCACCCCACGGCCAACGCCCCAUCGCCCCACCCCGCCAUCAUCAGCCACUUGCAGCCGUUCCCGAAAGCCUCAGAGCUGAAUUUCGAGACCAGCCUGGGUGGUACUGCUGGCCAGCUGCUGGCCAGCAAGAUGCCCAAGGAGCUGGGGAGGGUAAACAUCUACGAGGUGUCGGGUGCUGAGGAGAAGGUGGGCAUGUUGGCGGCGCUGGGGAGGGAGAGGGAGGUGGGUACGGUGUGGAUGGGGGACAUCGGUGUCGACCAGCUGGAGGGGGCGGCCGACGAGUUGCCGACGAUCGGGAGACUACACUUCGCGCUGACACGUACGCCGAGAGGGCAUUAGUAUCCUUCGCCCUCAUUGCUGCCUUGUCUGUGUCCUUCUUCAGUGCCCGCUGGUGUGCAGGAUGCCGGCAGCUUCGUCCGCACCGGCCUCUCGUCGGUGACCCCGCACAUCAGGGGCCUCCAGCGUGUGAUUCUGACGGUCGACACGACGACAGCUGAGCAGCACGAUUUCAUCGAGGCCUUCGUCCCUGUCGGCACCAACAUCGAGGGCUUCACAAUCAUAUGCAUCAGCCGUGUCUUCUGGGGGGGCACACAGGUGGAAAUUGCUGCACCUUCCGAUGCCUGAAGGUGAGAGAACGGCACUGUGUAUGCGAGGGUUUGUAUGAUCACGCGUGACCGUGCUCCUGUCUGCUCUGUGUGUGUGCGAUGGUGUUGGUGUUUGUCAGGCCGGCUGUUGUGUGUGGUGGAUCAUUCAUAGAAGCGGGGCGGUGGCAAGGCAGUGUGGCCAUGCUUAGCUGACGACAUUCGUGCGCUGCAGAGCAUAGCUGUAUGGGAUGCGUGUGUGUAUGUGUGUGAAUGUUUGUGUCGGUGACUGCCUAGGCAGCUGUACAGAGUUGACGCACGGCGAAGUAAUGCUGACAGUGUGUGUGUGUGUGUUGGUGUUGGUGUCUGGCCGUCUAUUGUGUGAGGACGAUUCUCAGCUGACGCCAUUCAUGUGUUGGAUAGCAUAGCUUGAUGUGUGUCUGUACGAGACUCAUCUGCAGUGUGCAGACGAGGCCCUUGUUGGUUGUAAGCUUGCACAAACGUUAACACACUUGUGCAUGG